AUGGGCAGGAAAAGAAAGGCCGCGGGCUCCUCCGCUACGGGUGGACCUGUUAAUAAGAAUUCGGAUUUCGACCGCUCAAAAUUCGACAUUGAGGAGACCUUCGCAGACUCGGAGGACGAAUUCCAGGCCGGUCGGGACCAGAUUCUGCUAGAUGAAGGCCCAGAAGCCAAGAGGCAACGGAAAUUGGCACAGCAAGAUGAGGACUUACUGCCUUCUGACGAGGAAAUCCUUGGCUACGAGUCGAUAGACGAAGAUGAUUUAGUCGACGACGAUGAAGAUGAUGUCGAAGUCGACGAUGCUUAUGAGAAUGAUUUGGGCGAAAUACCAAAGAAGUCCAGAAGUGUGCGCCGUGAUUCUAGCCCUACUUCCGAAGCUGGCGACGAGGAGGAAGAGGAGGAUGAGGGCAUUGCCGCUUGGGGCACUUCAAGAAAGGACCUCUAUAAUGCCGAUCAAAUCGAGACAGAAGUCGAUGCCUUGGAAGAGGAGGCUGAAGCCAAGCGGCUUCAGCAAAAGCAUCUGGAGGCUAUGGAAGAGGAGGAUUUCGGCUUCGACGAAACCGAAUGGAUGGAAUCUGGAAAAAGACAAGAGGAUGAAGAGGCCGAAACUGGGGUUGUCACUGAAGUCUUGCCUCAGAUGGAAAUCCCAGAAGAUAUGAGCAAGGAUGAAAAGCUGAAAGUAUUGAGAUCGAGAUAUCCGGAGGUCGAGCCUUUAUCUAAUGAUUUUAUCGACCUUCAACCCACCUAUCAGGACCUGGUUCAUGCUGCUAAGGCUGCUGAGUCUCGCAUGGACAAGGAAGACCUUUCAGGCCCAGCACCUACUGCCGUCAUGAAAUUCCGUGCCCUUUCAGCCUAUCUUGGUGCGAUCAGCAUGUACUUCAUGCUCUUAUCUUCGCCGUCCCAAGAUUCCCAGGAUAAACCCCUUCCCAUGCCUCCUGCUCAACUACGCGGGCAUCCUGUUAUGUCAUCACUUGUCAAGUUUAGGAAAUUGUGGAACAAGGUUAAGGAUAUUGACAUUCCCGAAAUUUCCAGCGUCGAUGACACGGCGAAGAAGAGCGAGAAGGACAACACCCGGGAAGCCAAUUUGACACCAUCGAAGAAUGAUAAGCGAGCCAACAAGAUCCAGGAACCCAAAGAAUCCGAGCAAAAGAAGAAGAAGAAGAAGAAGAAGAAGAAGAAGACCAAAGCCCAGCGCGCCGCCGAAGCAGAACAGCGAGAAGCAGAAGCUCGGAGGGCAGAGAGACUCCGUGAGACCGAAGCAGGCCUGGAAGAUCUGUCGAAUCUGGUGGCAGAGUCUGGGAGGAAACGGAAAGUACAAAAGGCAAAUAAUACAUCGGCCAGGGAUGCAGACGAUUCCGACUUCGGUGACGAGGAUCUCACUGUUCGGGAGGCAGAGGAGAAGGCGAAACAGAAACGAUCUCUCCGCUUCUAUACUUCUCAGCUGGCUCAAAAGGCCAAUAAACGCAGCGCUGCUGGCAGGGAUGCUGGUGGAGAUGCUGAUAUACCAUAUCGUGAACGCUUGAGGGAUCGCCAAGCCCGACUGAACGCCGAAGCAGAGAAGCGAGGUAAGCAGAGACCCGACAAGUCAGAAGAAUUGGGCGGAGACAGCGACGAGGAGGACCACCGAACCGCUGGUGAGCUGAGGGGUGACAACGGGAAAGCCGGCUCUGAUUCGGACGAUUAUUAUGAUAUGGUCGCCGCGCGCUCCAGAAAGCGGAAGGAUGAGAAGAAGGCCCGCAGAGAAGCAUAUGAAGCGGCCGCCCGGGAAGGGGGACAUGUUGAGAUACAGGAAGAAAUCGGACCGGAUGGCAAGAGAGCUAUCACGUACCAGAUCGAGAAGAACAAGGGUCUCACGCCUAAGCGGAGUAAGGAUUCUCGUAACCCUCGUGUGAAGAAGAGGAAGAAGUACGACGAGAAGAUGAAGAAACUGCCUAGCAUGCGGGCAGUCUAUAAGGGUGGUGAAGGUCGCGGUGGAUACGGUGGUGAGCUUACUGGUAUCAAAAAGAAUCUGGUCAAGAGUGUCAAACUCUGA